AUGAAUGUACGUUUUAGUAAUAACAAAUGGUUUUGGAACAACAUGGACAUGGGAUUUAUUAAAGCAGAAAGGGGAGACGAUAAUUAUUAUUAUUGUGUUAUUUGCGAAAAGUGGCUAACGCGUGGAGUAAAAAACAAUCACAAAUGCCACAACUCUACUGUCUUUGUGUACAAUAAAGAAGAGGCUUUAGAAUUUAUAAACCCCUCUAAUAAACAUCCAACACUUACAAUCAACAACAAAAUUAUCAAACGAGACGAUAUAUCACAAGAACUGCUUCAGAAAAGCGAUCCAAUUCACAGAGAUCGAGUCAAUCUUUCAAAUUUGCCAACGAACAAUUAUCUGGUGAACACCGAUUGUUUGACCAAUUUAAACACGUCAUCACAUAUCGAAAAUAUUCCAAUGUUACAAAUUACAAACACAACAUUGCGUCCACUCACUUUUCCACACACAGAAACUUUACUGUCAGACAAUCCAACAGUUUCAUCAUUCGGAAUUACAACUUCAGUAAGUGAUAUUGUACCAAUUAAUUUGAAUUACACGACUUCUGCGUUCAAAUAUAGUUCUUGUAUGUUUUCAAUUAUUCCAUCGGCAAUUGGUCUGCCUCAAAAUACACAUAAAAAUAUGAAUGACACAAUACAAAGAAACACACAACAUGAAGAAAUUUGUCAUCAGAUUACAUCAACAAGAGAAAUUCAUCUCCAAAAUCAAGAACAUUUUUCAAAUGCAAUUUCUUCACAAACACAAAAUUUAUUAAAUGAUUCCUCAACAGUUGAACACCAAAAUGAAAUGGAGUCUGAAGAUUUAACAUGUGAAGUGUCAGAACUUGAAAACUUUGUUGAGGAACUGUUCAAUUUCAACGACGGUGUUUUUGCGUUAUACACUGUAACUCCAUUUAGUGAUUACGAUGACGAGGAAAUUUCGAGACAGUUAAUUCAUUUUUGUAAAGCUCCAAUUGGAAUCGAUUUAAUUAAAUUUAAAGGAGCUUGUGACAUACUUUUUAGAAGUGCGCGUCGUCGACUGAAGAGUGAAAACAGUAUCACAUCGACACAACUUAUUAACGAUGUUAGAAAUUGUGUAUGUUUUGCCAUAGCAACUGAUACGUAUAAAAAGGAUGGUAUAACAUUUGUCGCAAUUUUUAUUCGUGUGUGCAUGAAAUUUGAUUUUUAUGAGUGUCCCCUUUUGUUGUCAGAGUAUUACGGAGAAAGUGAUGGUGAAUCAAUGUGUGAAUGGAUAUUCAAUGCACUUGCUUUCGAUAUCAAUAAAGAAGUGUUAUUCCCAUUGCGCAAAUUUAUUGGCAGCACACAAGAUGGUGCAUCGGCAAAUAUGGGUUGUGAUAACGGCAUGAUUAAACAUAUGCAAAUGAAACUAGUUCCUAUAAAAAAUCCAGAAGGUAAUAUAAUCGAAAGAAAGUUUUAUGGAGUACACUGCCCCGCUCAUAGAUGCAACUUGUUUGCACAAGAUGUAGGAAUGGAAGCACCAUUUGAUAUAGUGACAACAUUUAUUAAAUGGUUGUGUAAUUCAACGAAGCUAAAAGAAUACUACACUUUUUGCAAUUCCAACAACAUAAAGAAAUGUAAAUUGUCCACUUACUCUGCAACAAGGUGGAAUUAUAUGGCAAAUUCUUCGUCUGCAAUUUUGAAAAGCGAAUCUUUAAUUGAGCAAUUUGUCCAAGACGAAGAACAACAGGCAGAUGUAUUUGGUGAAAUGGUCGAAAAACAAAUUAAAGAAUUUGACGUUGAAAUGCAAGAUUAUAUCGAAAUAUUUUCUUUGAACAACUCCUAUAUACAUUUUAGUGUGUGUUUGUUCAAUGAUAUUUACACACUUGUAAACGAGUUGUGCAUUGAAUCACAAACACGGCUUUGUAUACUUCCAGACCUUAUAGAAACAACAAAAUGUUUUGGAGUUUACAUUGAUGUUAUAAUCAAAUCAGUCAAAGAAUCAAUUGAAAAUAAAACAGAACUU